UUAUGUUUAAAGACUAUGUCGUUAACGGAGGACAUCAAAUGCCUCAGUGAUAUAAUAUUUGUUUUACCACAGCGGGUUCGGGUAGUGGAAGCCGUAAGGGACUUACCAUUUGCUGCAGGGGAUAUUCUAGUGUUGGAAUUGGUAAAGAAUUUAGAUCUUGUGGAAGGAAUUGACAGAGUAACCGAAGACAAAAUUCGUAUUCCUUUAGACUAUCACGGGAAAGUGCACAGGCUUGGACAACGUUGUAGUUCGGUUGCUGAAAUCCAUCAGGAUAAGUCCACGUGGUUCAGUGUUGAAGCACCAUUUGAAACACCGAUAUCGCCAUGGCAAAAACGGGUAGUGAAAAGUGGAAGCGUUGUUGAAUUAACCGAUAUUGAACAUGACAAAGGAAUUGUUGUCCGACUAUUAGAUGACCCUGUUUUCAUUUCAGAAGAAACACCUUUACACUUUAAGAUUGUAUUAGACGAAGAAGAAACGUUAAAGGAAAUUGUUCAUGAUUUUGGAUUACAGACUAUAGUGAUAAAGGAUGAAUACGAACAUCCUAGUGAGUUGUAUGCACCGGGUAAUUACAUAUUAACAAAUAUUGUAAGUGAGGAAUUUGUUCUUGGUUACAGGGAAACUUUCCCAGGAGGUCAACAGACACAUUUCAUUAUACCAGUCUCGUGUGGCUUACGGCUUAUUCUGGAAAUGUCAUCCCCAAAUAUCUCAAAACCAUAUAAAAAUGCAUUUUUCGUGCCAAAACAUCUUUAUAGUAAUGAUAUGAUAGCGAAGUUGUACUUGGAAUAUUUAAAAACGAGAACGAGACUUUUAGAAGUAAAAGAAGAAUAUGUACCGGAUAUUCCACCAAGACUUACAAAAUCUUCUGUCAGCAGACAAUCUCUAAUGUCCAACCAAUCAGGAGCUAGUUCUGGACCUGUCAGACCAGACAGACGGAGACGAACCAUUUCAAUACAAUCAGAGGAUAUACCAAAGCCGUUUGAGCGUCUCUCGUCUCUUGACGAAACCAAGUGUGCAAGUUUGUCGGAAGUAAAUGAUAACGUGUUUGAAGGCAGCUCCGACGGGAAUUCUGAGGUGAUAUCUCCUCCUUACAUGGAACUAAACAAGACUGAUAUCGCAACUACUCAUAUUUAUGAUGAGAUGGCAUUUGACGACAUGGAAAAUACUCAAUGUGCAGAAAAUACAACUACCUCGACCACUAGAAAUGUGUUCUUUAUGUGCUGUGGCAAAUCUUGUGAAGAUUCGGAUGAUAUCCACGAUAUGUCAGUAUAUCGACUGGUAAAAUUCUUAAACAGAAACCAGUUGCCGAGUAUGGCUGAAAUAUGUAACAAACAUAAGUUAGAUGGCGCAUUUAUCUCAGAGUUAACAAUAGAAGAUCUUAUGAACGAACCAUUUCUACAGAGCGAAGAACAAGUGGAAAUCUUUAUUAGCUUGGUUUCUAAACAAAGUAAAAAUAAAUAAUAUCACAUAA